CACCUUUCCUCCUUCAUCACUGCAGGAAGGCACUCCCAAGGGAUCCGUCGGUGAGACAUGGCUGAGGACAGGAGCAAGAGAUACUCUACGGAGAUGAAUAUGAUGGGAGGCCGGACAAACAAUGGCUUUGUCCAAAAUGAAGACUCUCCGGAGCGGGACCCGCAGCCAGUUCUCGGGCCAGGCCCGCUACCGCGUGCCCCGAGAGAUCCUCUUCUGGCUCACUGUGGCUUCUGUGCUCCUGCUCAUUGGGGCCACCAUCACCAUCAUCGCCAUCUCUCCAAAGUGCCUCGACUGGUGGCAGGAGGGGGCCAUGUACCAGAUCUACCCGAGGUCUUUCAAGGACAGCGACAAGGAUGGGAAUGGAGAUCUGAAAGGCAUUCAAGAUAAACUGGACUACAUCACAACUUUAAAUGUAAAAACUAUUUGGAUUACAUCAUUUUAUAAAUCAUCCCUUAAAGACUUCAGAUAUGGUGUUGAAGAUUUCCAAGAAAUUGAUCCCAUUUUUGGAACAAUGGAAGAUUUUGAGAAUCUGGUUGCAGCCAUACAUGAUAAAGGUUUAAAAUUAAUAAUUGAUCUUAUACCAAACCAUACCAGUGAUAAACAUGCUUGGUUCCAAUUGAGUCGGACACGGACAGGGAAAUAUACUGACUAUUACAUCUGGCAUGACUGUACCCAUGAAAAUGGCAUAACCAUACCACCCAACAACUGGUUAAGUGUAUAUGGAAACUCCAGUUGGCACUUUGACGAAGUACGAAAACAGUGUUAUUUUCACCAGUUUAUGAAAGAGCAACCUGAUUUAAAUUUCCGCAAUCUUGACGUUCAAGAAGAAAUAAAAGAAAUUAUACAGUUCUGGCUUGCAAAGAAUGUCGAUGGCUUUAGUUUCCAUGCUGUUAAAUUUCUUCUAGAAGCAAAGCAUCUGAGAGAUGAGAUCCAAGUAAAUAAGACCCAAAUCCCGGACAUGGUCACACACUACUCGGAGCUGUACCACGACUUCACUACCACACAGGUGGGAAUGCAUGACAUUGUCCGGAGCUUCCGACAGACCAUGGACCAAUACAGCAGCGAGCCUGGCAGAUACAG